AUGCUGAUCUCGCUGAAGCUCUGGCCGCCCCUCGACGUCGGCGCGGAGGAGCAGCAGUGGCUCCGUGCCGUGUUUGAAGCGAGCGACCGCAACCGCUCCGGCUUACUCGAGCGCAGCGACUUGCGCACGCUGCUCAACGCCGCCAAUCUCGGCAAUGUGGGGCAGGCAACGAUCGAAUCGGCGCUUGGAUCGGAGAAGGUGCGCGGAAUGAGGCUGAUCGGGCACCUCAACUUUGCGCAGGCAACCCGACUCUUGAUUGCGCUGCAAAUGCCGAGCGACGACGAGGUCGCGGCCCUGUACCGCCGGUACUGCAGUGCAGCGCGGCUCUCCGCAGAUGAUGAGGAGAAAGAUGGGGACGCAUCGCUCUUACAGAUGCCGCUCAUGACACUCGAGGAGUGGGCUACAUUUCAGCGCGAGGAGCAGAGCGAAGAGGAGGACUCGCGGGCGCUUUUUGAGGAGCGAAUAAGUGUGAGUCGGAACAUCCGCGUGCCCAUGGGCGAGGUGGGGCCUGCCCCCGAGCUGAAGCUCGAUCAGGGCCUCACGCUCGAUGACUUUCGGCGCCAGCUGCUCCACCCCACCAACUCUGCGGUCGAUGAGCGCAAGCUCGCGGCAGCGCCGGACGUCUUUUCGCACCCGCUCUCGCACUACUGGAUUUCGUGCUCGCACAACUCGUACCUGGUCGGUGAUCAGCUCACCUCGCGCGCGUCGGCCGACAUGUACCGCCGCGUGCUGCUCGAGGGUUGCCGCUGCAUCGAGGUCGACCUGGCGGACGGCGCGGACGGCGAGCCCGAGGUGACGCACGUGCACGCGCUCACGUCGCGCAUCAAGUUCAUCGACGUGCUGGAAGCUAUUGACGAGGCAGCCUUCGAGACGUCGCCGUUGCCAAUCAUCAUCUCAGUCGAAAUGCACUGCGGCCCUGAGCAACAGCAGCGCUGCUCCGAGCUGAUGCGAGUGGUAUUUGGGCGCAAGAUUCUGAUGCCCGAGGAGGCGAUUCGCUGCGCGGCAGUCCUCUCGCCAACGAGUCUCGCGGGGCGCAUUCUCAUCAAGGGCAAGCCGGAGCGGAUCCUCCCUCCCAGGGCGGCCUCCAAGACCGGCCGCUCAUCCAUCGGUGGGGGGCGAUCCGAGGCGUCUCGUCUAUCAGAGAGCACCGAGGCCAACCGCGCCUCGCUGCUCGGGGACGGGUCCUUUCACCCAUCCGAAUCGCGCAGCACGCACCGCGUGCCGACCGAGGCGAGCUCGGAAGGGGCACCUGGCUCUGAAGUGGACUCCGGCUCCGCGCCUCGACGGCAGCUUGAGGUAACACGGCUCGACACCCUCGGGGAGGCGGUGCCGGGCUUGCAGGAGCAGAGCUCGCUAGAGGAGAGCGCCGGGGCAGGGCGACGCGUUCAAUGGCUAGCCAUGCCUGGACGGCUGACGACUUUGAGCGCGACCACAGAUAUCGACCAGGCCGAGGACACAGGCGCCACCCUCGAGGCGUACAGCGUCGCUCUCAGCGCCGCCAUGAACAGCAGCCAUUCCAGCGCACGCUUCUCGGCGCGGCCCUCGGCGCUGCGCGUUGGGGCGCGCAAGCUACUCCGUCAGGUCACGACGCCAGUGGAACUCGCCAAGCGGCAGAAGGGAGCCGCGCGCUACGUUGACCCCGCGAUGCUGCGUGUGACGGCGCUCCGUUCGUGCGGGAUCGAUGCGAGGCAGACCUCGUGGCCAACUCCCAUCAUCACUGUCUCCGAGGCACGCAUGGCCGCGAUCGAGCAGUCGGGCCUGGGUGAGGGUGAGUCCCCUCACGACGUGUUUCUCCGCCGACUGACUCGUGUGUAUCCGGCGGGUACACGCGUCGCGUCGAGCAACAUGGACCCAUUGCCCUGCUGGCGGCUCGGAGCACAGAUGGUGGCGCUCAACUACCAGACGAAUGACACGCCUGUGCAACUGAACCGUGCGCUGUUUGCGCUCGACAGCGGUUAUGGCUAUGUGCUCAAGCCGCCCGAGCUGCGGAGCGCGGGUGAUGAGUGGCCUCCAUCCCGUGAGAACCUCAAGUGCUUUUCGCUGCAGAUCCUCGGACUCCACCGCCUCCCGACGCGGCGAGAACACCGCCCAGUGCUCGACUCGUCCCUGCACCACGCCUUUGAGCCGGCGCUGAGCGGUCACCCUGCUCCGCCAGAUCCGACUGGCGCGGUCCAAAAUGCUGCCGUAUCGGUCGAGCUGCAUACCGUCGGAGGGUUCUGUUGCAUCAGCAGGACGCUGCCCUUGCCCAAUCGUACCGUCCACCGAAUGGUAGUCCAGCUGACGAGUCGUCAUGCCCCGACACUCCACUGCCUCGCCGCCGAGCCGCGCGAAACCAUUCUCCGCGUGUGCGUGCAUGACGGCGAGGCGGUCGUGGCAUACGAGGCGGUCGUGCUCGGGGCGCUCCGGGCCGGCUAUCGCUGCUUGCUGCUGCGGAGUAGCAAUGGCACUCCCAUCAGACUCUGCGCCUUGCUCCUGCACAUCAAGGAGAGCGUCGAGCCAAACAUGCGCGAGGCGGGCCGCGCGCUCUUCAACGCGUUGCAUACGGCGGUGGAGGAGAGGGACGCGAGAAUCGAACAGCUCGAGAGCGUCGUCGAUACGCUGAGGGAAGAGCUCGCCGUCCUGCGAGGUCAGGUCCACUCCGCGCAGAGAGAGACUGGCUCAGAGGCGCUGGAAGCGUGA